UUCAUCUAUCCUUCACCAUGAAUCCCAAUUUUAUUUCUAGUUCUUCAUCUUCUAAUGAAGAUGGUGAAAAUUCUCAUAUGAUAUACACUUACAACCAAUUUAUGCAGGAUAUGCAACGUAGAAUCGACAACAACAUGUUGAUCCAAUACCUUCGUGACCAUCAAAGUCCACAAAUAUAUCGUGGAUCAGUUCCAGGGCAUAUUGUCAUCAACCGUGACCGAGAGGGUGCUCACGCUAGAUUGUACAAUGAUUAUUUUGCUGAUAAUCCAUUGUAUAAUGAAACCAUGUUUCGUAGGAGAUUUCGGAUGUCUCGUCCAUUGUUCCUUCGUAUUGUGGAUGCAGUUAAGGAACACGAUGACUACUUCGUGCAACGACCAGAUGGAACCGGAAGGCUUGGACUAUCAUCUCUUCAAAAGGUAACAGCUGUUAUUCGUAUAUUGGCAUACGGUGUACCAGAUGAUGCUUGUGAUGAGUAUGUGAAAAUAAGUGAGAGCAGUGCGAUCAAAAGUCUAAAACGUUUUUGUCGUGCAAUAAUAGAAGUUUUUUCAACGCAAUAUUUGAGAAGCCCGACAACUAAUGAUAUUGCUAGACCUUUAUAUAUUGGUGAGCAACGUGGAUUUCCAGGGAUUCUAGGUAGUUUAGAUUGUAUGCAUUGGAAAUGGAAAAAUUGUCCUGCAGGGUGGAGCGGUUCAUAUUCAGGUCGUAGUGGAAGUCCUACAAUUAUCCUUGAAGCUGUGGCAGAUUAUGAUCUUUGGAUAUGGCAUGCUUAUUUUGGAUUGCCCGGCAGCAACAACGACAUCAAUGUGUUAGAUUUCUAUUAUCUCACUCAAGGACCACUGCGGUAUUGGGAUAAAGAAGUGUUGCGUGACAUAAUGAUUACAUGUAUAAUUUUGCAUAACAUGAUAGUUGAAGAUGAGCGUGACCUGAGUUCUCCAAUCAAAGUUGCUAGACAUGCACCACAACCAGAAGUUGAGAUGACGACAAAUGAAGAUGUUCGAUUUCAAGAGUACUUGACUCGGUAUGCCGCAAUAAGAAAUAAAAAUGCACAUCUAGAACUUCGAAAUGCAUUAGUUGAUCAUUUGUGGGAAAAUUUCUCAAAUACGCAAUCUUGAAUUUUAGCUA